GCAAUCUUGGAUCAUACGGAACGCGUGUGAUCGACGCUGUAAGCAGAGCAAUCCGGUCUUCGAUGGUGCGUAGUAGAAUUUUCUUCCAGUGCCACCGCCCGCCACGCCAAGACUGCUCGUCCGCUCUAAACUGUGGUCCGUCGUGGAGUUCACUUCUUCAGCGGCAGCGUGACAACGAGAGCAAUCAGAAGCCGAAAGAAACAAUGGAGGCGGCGGGGAAGAGCGUGUGCGUGACCGGCGCCGGCGGCUUCAUCGCGUCGUGGCUGGUGAAGCUCCUCCUCUCCCGGGGCCAGUACGCCGUCCGUGGCACCGUGCGCGACCCUGGUGCUAGCAAGAAUGCUCAUCUCAAGGCGCUGGAAGGAGCUGGGGAAAGGUUGCAGCUUCUUAAGGCUGAUUUGUUGGACUACAACAGUGUUGCAUCAGCAAUUGCUGGCUGUGAGGGUGUCUUCCAUGUAGCUAGCCCUGUCCCUUCCGGUCGGUCCUCCAACCCUGAGGUGGAGGUCAUAGGUCCUGCUUUAACAGGUACAACCAAUGUGUUAAAGGCUUGCUAUGAGGCAAAAGUUAGGCGAGUCGUGGUGGUGUCUUCAUGUGCAGCUGUGUUUGCUAAUCCUAACUGGCCAAAGGGUAAGGUCUUUGAUGAAGACUGCUGGUCAGAUGAGGAUUACUGCAGGAAGAAUGAGGAUUGGUAUUUCCUUUCCAAAACACUGGCGGAACGUGGGGCUUUUGCUUAUGCAGCAAAAACAGGGUUGGACGUUGUAACUAUUUGUCCGUCAUAUGUAUUUGGACCCUUGAUGCAGCCUAUAGUAAAUUCGAGCAGUAAAGUCAUCCUUAAUUAUUUCAAAGGAAAUCUCGAGACUGUUGAAAAUAGACUCAGAAAUAUGGUGGAUGUUCGUGAUGUUGCUGAUGCUCUUCUUCUAGCUUACGAAAACUCAGAAGCGUCUGGACGAUACAUCAGCAGUUCACAUCCAAUAAAAGUUUCUGAUAUGAUAAACAUAUUGAAGACCUUAUAUCCAACUUACCAUUAUCCCAAAAAUUUUGUGGAAGUGGAUGACUACUCUGUAUUCAGUUCUAAGAAAUUGCAGAAGCUAGGCUGGACCUUCAGGCCUAUAGAGGAAAUCCUCCGUGACACUGUUGAAUCCUACAAAGCAUUUGGCAUCCUAAAUUGAGUAUCCAACUGGGGCUGUUCCAUCUCGUUGCCACCUCCGAACUCUAAUAAUAUGGACAGUGAAACAACAGUUCCACAGCUGCAAUUCUAUCUGGUUCAAUAACGACAACGGGACAGAGCAAAACUAGUAUUAUAUAUCUGGGUUCCGGACUACUCUCUCGGUCCCAUAAUGCUUGACCUUUUUAGACUUCUGCACUUAUCCUGAAUUAGUUGUCAUUCUCACUUUCUAAUAUAGUUUUUUUCAAUACAAAUCCAUCUCUAUUUUUCUCAUUCUGAUUUUCGUGUACUGCACUUUCUUGGCUUCUCCUUAGUUCUCGUUUCUAGAGCUAAAAGGUCAUCUAUUAUGGAACGGAGGGGAGUAAAUAAGUAGGUUUGGUGUUGAUUUUAGCACUUCACUUGUCAAUAUUCUGAUGUUUUUUGAAUUGAGCUUUUGGAAGGUGCAAUUAUAUGAUUAACUGAUGAAGAUCGAUACCUAA